AUGUUUUUAGUUGCUAGAAACAUCCUAUUUAAAACAAUAUUUGGGAAAUCAACAUGCAUGACAAGAGCUGUUUGCUAUUAUAUUGGAACUGACAAGUCUUUGGAAAUACAACAAGAAGAGUGUGAUGUGGUUGAUAUCAUAUCUGCAAAAAGUUCAUUAAAACUGAUAGAGAAUUUAGACUUGGAAGAUAUAUCAGUCAAAUUUAAUGAUGGAAUGAUCUUUUUUUAUCAAAAGAUUAUUAGAUAUUGUUUGGAUUUGGAGCAAGGUUUUCAACAAGUUUUCCAAAUCGAUUCAACUCGUGAAGAUCAAAAAGGAUAUUGUUGGCAAGAGGUUGAGGAAUAUUCAUAG